GGGAAUAUGCAGGCUUUGACAUCCUCACUGUGGCAUUUCGUAAACAGGAAUACAUCUGAAAGACCUUCAGUUGAACCACAGAGUUCAUCUGUCUCACCGCUGGAAGAUCUUCGUCUCUCAAUGGCAUUGGAAGAUUCUUUACGGAUUGCUGUCUCUGCACUGGUGUUUGCUGCCUUCUGUGGAUGUGCGAUGCUGAUGCCUUUUUGUCAGCCACAAAAAUUGAGAAUGCGGGGGAAGGCCUGGAAAUGGCUGGGUAUCUAUGUGAAUGGGCUUGUGUGCUUGACAUCUGUCCUGGUCCUUGUGUCCCUCCUUCUCUGGAUUUACGAUCAAGGACUCUCUGCUCCCUUCAUUGUGCUCAUGAUCUUCCUCCUCUACGUGAUGCUGGUCACCUUGCUGCUAGUGGUCAGCCUUGUGUCCCAGCUGAACUUCAUUCGUCAGGUCACUGACAAGGCAGGACAACAUCUGCUGAACUUCACCACCCCUGGAGGGACGGUCUUGGUUGCUGUCACAUCCAGUAUGCUCAUAAAGCGGAUUAAUCAGAUUCAAACAAAGGGAAAGGCUGAGCCUGUUGACUUAACAGCUGUCAUAGCUGGAGCAUCUGCCAUCGCUAUCCUUCCUCAAAUAGUUAUCCUCGUGCUCUAUUGCAUGGAUCUACGAAAACAGGAGGCAGAAGAUCAAGUUUCCCGAAGGGAAAAAACCAGGGCGCUAGAAGCCCUGGUGCAAAUGAACCUCUGAGACACAGCAAGAGACUCGGCCUCAUCAGAGUCCCCCGCUGCGCUCCCUGGAAGAGGAUGAGAGGCGUGUACUUGUUCCGUGCUUGUCUUGUUGGACUUUGUCAGGCUUUCCAUGUAGACUCCCACUCAAAGCCUUUUUAAAAUGCUCGGGAACUGUAGCUGCUCAGCUCUAGCUCAGUGUUCAGAAUCCCACACAAGAGCCAAUAAAAGACACUCAAAGGUCA